GUGCUGCUAGUAUAGCCCUAGCAGCGGCCGUAUCAGGGGCUAGGAAUGUCUGGAAUUUUACUCCAUAUUCAUUAAUAAUCCCACAUAAAUCAAGCUGAUACGGUGCGCGAUUGGUCAGUUGGCCUUCAAUCGCGGCGGAAAUGUAGUUAAUAUUAAUCUGGUGUGCAUGACAUCACAGAAUGCUUCGUUAAUUGAUUGGCUACACUGGCCCCCAGCUGACACGGCUGGCUGUCAAUCACAGGGCGCGGAGUCUUUUGAUGUUGGCCGGUCGCCUUUGCGUCUGUACACAACUGAAUGGUUGGGGUUCAUUGACGUGGGACGUGGAAAGAAAGUGGAGUCAACUUGAAACGGUUUCGCCGCGAUUUUUUUUUCCACCCGUGGAUUUUUUUAAAACCCGGGCCGUACAAUGCCACAGCAGCCCAGCCGUGGUGGCGAAGACGAUGGGCCCCCGGACGAGACCAAGACCUACCACACCGAAGGAGAACAGGAGGAGAAAAUCAACGAGAAUGCCGUGGGAGUCCGGGAAUCUUUCGACCAUCUCAACGACGAAAAGUCCAGCCUGGUGAACGCGUACGAGGGGGAAUGCUCGAGCAGUGGCUCCAACAAAUCCAGCUCAAGUUCACAGAGGAAUAAACGGCUAGGACCGAGCGAGUAUGCCGACUCGAGCAAGGACGGCCGGCCUAAGAAACUCCAUGGUGUCCCCGUUGUUGGUGAAGCCCCUGCGCUCGGAUUGAAUGGAUUUACCAGUCGAUUUGAAAGUUCCCCGUCCUACUCGACCCCAGGGAGUAAAGCCGAGCAUUUCCAUGACAUCGCCCGGUUUGCCGCGUACAACAACCUGGCGAUCAUCGCCGGCGGAUACCAUCCAAAUGGCUCCAUGGUACCCGGCUCUUCGGUAAGUCCCCAUUUAAUUUGUUUUUGGUUCAAAUUUUCUCGUCUCUGAUCAAAGCACUUAGCU